GGAGAUACUAAUAACUCCCUACCUCACACAGUUAUUAUAUUGCUUAAAUACUGUUUGCAAGUGGUUUGAGAUCUUUGGCUGAAAAGAGCUUUGCAAGUGCAAACUGCCAUUGCUGCUGUGAGCAAUUCCUCGGUCAGCAGCAGAUCAGAAUUCCAAGGCAAAACAAAUCUCAAGAACUUGUCUCUAGUGACAUUUCCGAUUGUCUAGGACUACCACCAUGGGAAAAGAAGCAAGACUCGCAGCACCCUGAUGCUGACAUACAGCAACGUGGCUGUUCAUGCUCCAAAAGACCAGCUUCUCUCCCGAGUAGAGGCAGACAUCACAGGGAACAUCCUUCACCAUUACAGAGCCAGUUGUCGGGUGCUGGGCAUCACUGUUACGAAAAAGGACAUGUGCCUAAAAUUAACCCUCAUCCAGAAUGUCACGGAGAUUAGCUGUGCCAUCUUGGAGACCAGAGACUUCCAGGAGUUCGAAUUCUCUUACAAACAGGAGCUCCUUGGCUACAUGCUGGACUUCAUUAAAAAGGAACCACUGGAUUCCCUGGCAUCUCCAGUUCGCUACAAGGCAAUUCUUGCCAUUGGACAUCUGAGCAAACUCAAACCAUCUUUGACCUUGGAGGAAAACCGUGAGCUCCUUGAUGAGUGUUUCAAAAGUUUAUUUCCCCUUCCUUCCUUGGAGAAGAUGAAAGAGGAAGGCGAGACAGCAAAGGAUGCUCUGCAUAUACAGUCACUGUACAUGAGGUCCUUGGAAGCCCUUGGCAAGCUAAUGAAGACUUUGCUGGAGGAAGAACCAACCGCAGACUGGUUCCAGGAAAUGUUUGAACUACUAAGGCCAUGGUUCAGUUCAGAGAAGGAGUGGGAGAGAGAAAGGGCCUUGCAGGCCAGCACCCAGCUGCUGACUGCCUAUCAAGAGACAGUUAAUAGCACAGUGAGUAUAGCCUCUUACUCUUCCUUGAGCUGACUUCCCUGCUUAUAUCAGAUCUGACACUCAACGCAAAUGCAUGA